GGCAGUUGUUCAUGCCUUGAGGGCACUGCAAGAUCAGAGUAGAGUGUGAACGCUGAAAGGAUUCAAAAACAUUAGUUACUAAGGAAGUUGAAACAUGCAGCGGAAGUGGUGCAACUGUAAACCAAACCGGAGAUGUGAUACACGUUCAAGAUGUCUCUGGGACUCAAGAUUGUAAUAUGUGCGUUUGCUGGCAUAUUGACCUGUUCCGUUCAGCCUAUCAAGAGUGCAAGGUCUAGUAGGAGUGGUUGCGUAAAGAUGCUCCGAGAUCUACUGAAGAAUCCACCGAAACAUACCAUGAUCUACAUCAACAUUCGCUACUCCAAAGCAAAAUACGUCUGUCACAAAGGGUUCAUUUUGUCCGGGUCAGAACUGCGGACUUGCAGGAGAGGAAAAUGGAGUGCGAAGAAGGAACCCAAAUGUUUAGUGCCCAGACCUUGUGGAAGACCAGAAGAUAUACCACACCUUAAAUACAUAGGUUCAAGUUUUGACUUCAAGGAUACGUUAAGGUAUAAAUGUGAUGAUGGCUUCAAACUGAAAGGACCUAAAAGAAGAAAAUGCGGUAUAACUGGAAAGUGGUCCAGAGCACCUGAGUGUGAAGGUCCUUGCGGGAAGCCCGAUAAUAUUUCUUAUGCUCAGAUUGAAGGCUCCAGUUAUGACUUUGAAGAUACACUCAGUUACGGCUGUGUGAGAGGCUACAAACUUAACGGACCUAGCAGCAGAAAGUGUCUCGAAAAUGGAGUGUGGUCUACAGCUCCUUCAUGUUCACGAAUCCAAUGCGAGAAUCCUGGAAAGCUAACUAUGCGAAAUGGAAAUGUAACCUCAUCUGAUACCAAUUACUUUUAUGGUGCAACGUUGUUGUUCAAGUGCAAUGAAGGUUAUGAGUUGAAAGGAGACGAAACAGUCAGUUGCUUGAAAAAUGGCUGGACACCUCGACGGUGGCCAUAUUGUAUCAAGAAAGUUUGCGCUGAUCCUGGAAGACCAGAGGGUGGUCGCCGAUUUGGAUACAGAACAGUUGGAAGUACGAUGCAGUUUUCAUGUCAAUCAGGAUAUAAACUCCACGGCUCUGCCGUAAGAACCUGUCUGGAAAAUAAAGAAUGGAGUGGAUCUCUGACUACUUGUCAAAACGGAAACACCCAUUGCCCAAUUCUUGGUACUCCCGUAAGCGGACGAAAAUACGGUAGCAGCUACAACAAAGGAGACCUUGUGAAAUUCGAGUGCAAACAUGGAUUUGUACUCAAGGGUUCUGCGGUGCGGAUCUGUAAUGAGAACGGGACUUGGAAUGGCACAGAGACUUUCUGUAAAGAUGAAGUCGAGGACAGUUUUGAAGAUGUUAACACAACGGCCUUCAACCUUCGUAAAAAUCUGAUCGAUACCUUACUUGCGUACACUAGUGUCGAUGCAAAAAACUCCUCCGGAGACACACGAGGGAGAGCAAUCUUCAAUCAGUAUGAUAACAGUUUAGAUCUAGUAUUUGUGCUUGAUGCUUCCACCAGCGUAAGCGUAGAGAAAUUCAAACUUGGUUUGAGGUUUGUGAAGAAGCUUGUCAAAUUCCUUGGCACAAACAGUACGAGGGCUUUCAAAGACAAAAUAAGAACAGCAGCCAUAACAUUUGGCACAGACGUUACCCUUCGCUUCAACUUGGGAGACGACAAAGUCAGCACAAUCAAAAAGACUCUUUCGGCUAUCGACGAGAUAGACUACGAGGGAGGGGCAACUGCCUCUGCUGAUGCUUUGAAGAAGGUCAAGGAUGUUGUGGUCCCUCAGACAAGGUACGACAGCGAUCGGGUGCUGAUAUUCAUAACAGACGGAAAAUCAAAUGUGGGUGGUCCUCCCCAGAAAGUUGCGAAAAUUCUCCGCGAAGAAGAUAAGUUUGAAAUAUACGUCAUUGGAUUGGGAAAAGAGGUACGUCGAUCAGAACUAUGGCAAAUAGCGUCGGAAGGCCAGCAAAAUGUAGUACGCCUAAGGAGUUAUGGUGAUCUUGAUAGAGCCAUUAAUAAAGCAGUGAACACCCAUGUUGACUAUUCCUUAUGUGGAGGUAGCUCAUUUGAUCCGCGUAGACGUAUCGUUGGUGGUAAAACUUCAAAGAGGGGACGGUGGCCCUGGCAAGUUGCAAUUUACAUCGUUUUAAAUACGUUGUGUACGCUGGCGCCCAUGAAUUGUCAGAGCAGGGUCCUAAAGGGACCACGCAGAGAACAUCAACCAAGAAAAUAAUUCGUCAUGAUGAAGAUUUUGAUUUUAGCUCGUUUCGAAAUGAUAUAGCUCUUGUGAAAGUCAAACAGCCGAUUGAAUUGACAGCGUUUGUGCGAACUGUAUGUUUACCCGAGAAAGAUGAACAAGAUUUGGCAACUCCUGACGAAUACGGCAUAGUGGCAGGAUGGGGGGGAACAAAACAUGUUGAAGUUGGAGAGAGGGCUCAGAAUGGCGACUUUUCAAAGGUUCUGAAACAGGCUUCUUUUAGAAUCCAGAGUGAUCACUUGUGUGUGAACAAAGCAAGGCUCAACUCUUCCACGACAUUUUGUGCUGGGGAUGGCAAGGGCAAAAGCGACGCUUGCCACGGAGAUAGCGGUGGAGCAUUCGUCAUAAAAAGUGGCAAACGUAGGGCAUGGGUCGCCGCUGGUAUUGUAAGUUGGGGCGAUGGAUGCGCGCAAAAGGGGCACUAUGGAUACUACACUAAAGUGCAUCCAUUCAUCGAUUGGAUAAAACAAAAAAUGAAAGAAUAUAAAGAUUAGAGAAAUCUGCAAGUGACUUUUGAAAUUGAGUCAACUUCUGGUCCAUUGGUUUUGUAUAAGACUUCGCCUAUGAUAAGUCGUAGCUUCGCUCCCCAGAUUCAUAACUCUACCAAUCGCGAAUUGGUCUUUUUGUUUGUGUUUUUUGGCUUUCAAUGGCCCCUUUUGAUAAUUUUGUUUUACUAAUUGGCCCUUGUGAUUACUUUGAUUUGUAGCCUUAUUUCACCUUCACCUGUGAUCGAAACUCACCAGUGGCUUUAAAAAAUGAUGAUGAAAGUUUUUGUUAACCAUGACUUUUUAUUGAAGGCGAAAAGGGCUAGCACAUGACGAGAAACUAAACCUCGAUAGAGGGUAAUGCAUUUUGGUUGACAGACGAUGGUCGUGAAUGUAACAGUGAUUCCAAAGUCCCAAUUUUAAAGAAAAGAGUUCUCUGAAAGAGAUGCUUUAGAUAAUUAAAAAAUACUCUUUUAUGGAAUGAUGAUAACAAUAUAUUUUUCUUCUCUGUAUAACUUGAAGUCUGAUGCGGAUAUGUAGGACUAAAGCAGUAUCUUGCUUCUGUUAUUUUAGUUAAAGAUGAAGUGCAUAGAAAUAAACUAAUAGCAGGAAUUGAA